GUGGUACUGAACGCUCAGAAGGAGGAGGAGGGGGUACUCAAUUUAGCUAUUAAUCGCAUCGUCGAGAUUUUGUGACCACAGACUGUACCUGAUAAGCUGCUGGUGGAGAACACCGGGCGUGCGGGGGUUUUAAAGUUGGAUGUAUUCGACCGCCGCGGUAUGGACGACAUGCAAUUUUCGGCUUGAGAGACCAGCGCUGGAGUUUUCACCACUGUUCCUGCGAGCCCGAAAUUAUUUCCUGCAUAUUCAAAUUUCUGGUUUCGUCUGGCAGUUUUCUUUUGCUUAGUGUUUACUUUUUUGUGCUACUCCGCUGAUCAACUGUUACUUUGAGAGGUGUACGGGCGCAGUGUCCUUUAACGUCUGACUGUUGCAUGUUUUCAGAGGUCGGCAAAAGCAAUAUCACUACUGACAAACUACAUUUAGCCUUUUAUGCACAAAGUUUGGAGAGUUAAAGGAGUUCACUGUAGCCGAGUUUCGCUGCUAGUCCGUGAUUUACCUUUCAUUAUUUUUUUAGCCCGCCUCGGACGCUAGAGGAGAAAGUUGGAAGUGGGGGACUUGUGUCAGAGAUGAAUGUUUCUGGGACGGAAAACAUUUGGCUGCCCCAAAGUCCGUGCUAGCAUCUUUAGUACAAGAGGACAAUUAAUGCUUUAUAACGAGCUUUCGUUUUUUUCGUAGCCACAUUAAAGACACCAGGUUGUGGGCACCGGGAGAGAGCUCAGCGGCCGCGCUAUUAAAACUGGAUACAAAAUGGCGGCCUUCCUGGGACGACUUGGAUAUCUGUCUCGGUGUGUUUUUUAUUUAAUUUUGUCGGUCGAAUUCUUUCAAAGUUACGGAUUGAGUUCAGACACACCAUGUGCCCAGAACUGUACCUGCAGUGGAGACUCAGUGGACUGUAGUAAUCUGGAGCUGACGGCGACGCCUUUGGACCUUCCAGUUCGGACUGUUUCCUUAAAUCUUGGCCACAACAAACUGACUUCCAUCAGUCCUGAAGCCUUUGCCAACCUUCCCAACUUGAGAGAGCUUCGGCUAGACCACAAUGAGCUGACCUCCAUACCGGAUUUAGGACAGGCUGCAUCCAAGAUUGUGUCCCUCUACCUACAUCAUAAUAAGAUUCGCAGUAUUGAUGGCAGGCGGACUGGGGAGCUGCUUUCUGUGGAAACCCUGGACCUGAGCAAUAAUGACAUUACUGAGCUGCGAGGACAGUGCUUCCCUGCAGGCCUCCAUAUCCGAGAUCUGUACCUCAGUAACAACAAGAUCAGUGUGUUGGAGCUCGGAGCUCUGGACCAUUUGGGCGAAACCCUACAGGUUCUAAGACUGAGCCGAAACCGCAUCAGCCAGAUCCCCGUGAAAGCCUUCCAGCUCCCGAGGCUCACCCAGCUUGAGCUGAACAGGAACCGUAUACGCCAAGUGGAGGGUCUAACCUUCCAGGGUUUAUCCAGCCUGGAGGUGCUCAAACUACAAAGGAACAGCAUCAGCAAGCUGACUGACGGAGCCUUCUUUGACCUGGCUAAGAUGAAAGUCCUGCACCUGGACUACAACAGCCUGACGGAGGUGAACAGUGGCUCGCUUUACGGACUGACUUCCCUGCAGCAGCUGUUCCUCAGUAACAACUCCAUAGCACGCAUCAAUCCUGAUGGGUGGAAGUUCUGCCAGAAGCUAAGGGAGCUGAAUUUGUCUUACAACAACUUAACUCGUCUGGAUGAAGGGAGUCUGGCAGUGCUCGGGGAUCUCCACACCCUCCGGCUGGGCCACAACUCUAUCAGCCACAUCAACGAGGGAGCCUUCAGAGGCCUCAAGGCUUUACGCAUCCUGGAGCUGGACCAUAACGACAUCUCAGGCACAAUAGAGGACACCAACGGGGCCUUCUCUGGAUUGGACAGCCUCAUCAAGCUGACUCUGUUUGGAAACAAGAUCAAAUCCGUGGCCAAGAAGGCCUUCUCUGGCUUGGAGACCCUGGAACACCUGAACUUGGGGGAGAACGCUAUUCGCUCCAUUCAGCCCGACGCCUUCACUAAGAUGAGGAACCUCAAAAGCCUUCUCAUUCAAAGCAACAGCUUGCUGUGUGACUGCCAGCUCCACUGGUUGCCCGACUGGUUGGUGGCACGUGGUUUGCAGGUCGGUAUCAAUGCCACCUGCGCCCACCCAGAAAGUCUGAAGGGAAAGAGCAUCUUUGAGGUUCCGCCCAGCAGCUUUGUGUGUGACGACCUCCCCAAGCCUCAGAUCACCGUACAGCCGGAAACCACAAUGACAGUCCUCGGCAGUGACGUUCGUCUCACCUGUACAGCUGCCAGCAGCAGCUCCUCCCCCAUGACCUUUGCCUGGCGCAAGGACCAGGAGCUCCUUCGUAACGCUGAGAUGGAGAACUACGCCCACGUGCGUGCUCACCACCAGGCCGCGACACCAGAUCUGCCGGGCGCAGGAGGAGGAGGCGUGAUGGAGUACACUACGAUUCUCCACCUGCGCCAUGUCACUUUUGCCCACGAGGGUCGUUACCAGUGCAUCAUCACCAACCACUUUGGCUCCACCUACUCGAGCAAGGCCAGACUCAUCGUCAACGUUCUUCCAUCCUUCAUCAAGACUCCCAGGGACAGCACCAUCCGAACUGGCCACACCGCCAGGCUGGAGUGUGCUGCAGAGGGUCACCCGGCACCUCAGAUCGCCUGGCAGAAGGACGGCGGCACGGAUUUCCCCGCCGCCCGCGACCGCCGGAUGCACGUCAUGCCCGACGACGACGUCUUCUUCAUCACGGACGUCAAGCCGGUGGACAUGGGCGUGUACAGCUGCACUGCCAAAAACACAGCCGGCACCGUCUCUGCUAACGCUACCCUCACCGUACUGGAAACGCCGCACCUGGCUCAGGACCUGGAGGACCGCAGCGUUACUGUCGGGGAGACGGUGGCGCUGCAGUGCAAAGCUCUCGGCAGCCCGCCCCCGCGCAUCACCUGGCUGCACAACGACCAACCGCUGCGCCCCUCCGACAGACACCACUUCACGCCGGGAAACCAGCUGCUUGUCAUCGGCUCCGCCUUGCUGAAGGACGCUGGGCGCUACACCUGCCUCAUGUCCAACACUCUGGGCACAGAGCGCGCCCACAGCCAGCUGGUGGUGACUGAGCGCAGGAACGCUUGCGCCACGCCGACCGGCCCGAGCACCGUUACUAUAGGGAUCAUCGUCAUCGCUGUGGUUACGAGUAUUGUGGUGACAUCGCUGGUGUGGGUGUGUAUCAUCUAUCAGACGAGGAAGAAGAGCGAGGAGUGCAGCGUGACCAACACAGAUGAGACGAUCGUUCACCCAGAUGUAUCCAGCUACCUCUCCUCCCAGGGGACUCUGUCCGAGCGGCAGGACAUGUGCAUCCGUGUGGAGACCGGCGGUGGCCCUCAGCCCAACGGACACGUUGUAGACACCACAGGUUUCGACAGCGCAGUGCUGUGCACAGAUUGUAUGGAGAAUGGCAACAGCUACUCCAAAGAUCCUGACUACCUGGCACACGGGUUUGGUCCUGCUGCAGGCAUGGAGUACCAACAGCAGCUUAUUCCACCACCCUACUCUUACUGUUACCCCGGGGAGCAGCACGACACCGGGUCACACACAACCCCACUCUGCAAUGGGACCCCCAGCAGGAUCCGAAAGAACUCUGAAGGAUCAGUGUUUCCAAAAAACCAUAAUACAACACUGAACCAACACGAUAGAAAAGCAGUGAGCAAAGCGGGGCAGACCAAGACAUCGCAGGAAGACUCCUUCCACAAGCCGGUGAAGCUGGCUGGCGUGACGAGCCACGGACGCAUCGACACGGACUGCGAGCCUGAGCUCAGGCAGACUCUGCUGUCCAAUGGACACGCCCUCAGAGCCUCUCAGAAUGAGAGCGCCUCUCUAAGGAGAGCCAGUGACUAGCAGCCCCAAAAAUGUGGACCGAUAUAUACAAUUUUUUUUUUCUUGCACUGGGAAAUAACCUGCUACCUCAUAUCGAGGCAAACGGUCCCGAGCCUCCUGCAUCUGAACUGACGGAGGAGAGGAGGGGGGCAUCCGGAGUUUGAAGGCGGAGCUUGUGUGGGGGGCGUCCCAUCUGAGCGUAUCAGCUGUACAUAGUUAAAAACCUUCCUUUGGGAGGUGGCCGCUAAAAAAAAAAAAAAAAAUUUAGCUCCAAAAAAGAGAAAAAAAAGAAGAAAAAAAUGUGACUUGCAUUUGAAGCAUGUAAAUGUAGGGAAUCUUGUACAAUAUGUAUGUGCAGGGGGACUAAAAAGAGAAAUAUGCCUUUUGGACUUUUUUUUUGACUGUACAUAAGAGUUUUCUUAUAUAUUAUAUAACUUUUACAAAAAAGAGUGUUUAAAUAUAUGUGCAUGGCAAAGAAAGGAGUGAUGGUAUUUUUAUUUUUCUUACAACAAGAAAAAAAACAGCCUUUUUUCAGCUUUUACCAACAUUCAGCUGCAGUGCCUUAUUGCAUGAUCAAAGAAAACAAAGAAAAAGUUGUAAUAGCAUAUAUCCAGAGACUGUUUCUGUGAGAGAUCCUGGUACACUUUUUAUCGCAAACAAAACACUUGAUCGCACUUGAAUGUUUUACCUUUUUUUUUUUUUUUUUUUUUGCCAGCUAUGGCCUUACGGAAACACAACUCACACCCACCGUUUCUGUAUGAAGGAAGAGCUCGGAUGCUGAUUAUUUAGGUACGUUAGAUGUUGGUGCGAGUGGUGGGAUAUCAGUUAAAGCACUUUUUUUCACUUCACAAACAUGCAGACUGUGUGUACACGAUCCACCGGUAGGAAUGCAGGAGCCUCCUCUCUGUGAGGAGACGUUCCGCAUAUCUCGACGCACUAAAGUCAACAGUACAUACUGUACCCUUAAGGCUCUUCCACCUGUUUCACAACACUACACGUUACUGCAAAGCUGCUCUGAUCGGGUUGGGAUGAAUGCUUCAUGUGUUUUAAAGAGGACUUAUUAUGCUUUUUGGUAUUUCCUUUUCAUAUGCAUAUGUACGUGGAAACUGUUACAGUGUUAGAUGCUCAUAUUAAACAUAGCCAAAGUUUUCACAUAACGAGGUCAGUGCAUGUAGAAGUAAUCCCUGUGAGCCCAAAGCUCAGGCUUCAGACUGCUCUGUUUUCACCCACCUGCUGUUCAGACACUCUGUUUGCCAGAGGAUGAUUUGAGGGGGCUGCACUUAGGCCCAGUGUACAAACCUAAAUAAUUGUUUUGAACUGUGAAUCGUGCAAAGCUGCUCAAGUCAAUGCCAAUAAUAAUAAUAAUAAUAAUCAUAAUAAUUUUUACAAAAUUAUAGAGAGAGAGAGAGAGAGAGAGAGAUCUGCAAUAAGCAUAAUAGGUCCUCUUUAAGUUUGAUUUUUUUUUUUUUUUUUUUGUCCCAGAAAGUGAUUUUGGUACAAUUCUGCAACCACAUGUGGCUGCUAACAGCUAACAGCUGUUGCUUGGAAGCUGCAAGAGCCAGUAAUAAUCUCUCAGUGCAACUGCGUGACACCUGUCAUGAGUUACGGCCCACAUUCAUAACCGAAGCUGCGAUUUUUGGACGUUUAAUUGGCCGGAUGCCCAACUGUUUUUUUUUUUUUCUUCUUCUUUUUAAUAAUAAAAUCUGAAUGCUAUGAAUUUAGCAAAAGAUGCAUUGUGAUGUUGUGUCAUUCAGUUACUGCUGUAAUAUGGGUCGACAUCCGGGGGGGAAGCUGGGGUACGGGGUGGUGCAUUUGGGAGCAAAAGAUGGCCAGUACUCCACCUGAAUCACUGCAGUUGGGUAAUAACGAUUCAUGCCUGAGGUGGAUAAAGGUGCAGCUCGCUCCUGUGAACAGUUAGGGAAGCUUGUGAAAAGUGCUCUAACCAAACUUUGGGGGGUGAACUGUCACAGUCCCUGAAUACUUUGGUACCAUUCAACAUGAAUACACCAGUGGCCUUAUCAAGGUAAGCUGGAGGACAUGCUCCUCUGGUUACACCUGAUAGCACUUACUGAGAUGAUUUUUACCAGCAAGACCAAUCAGAGAACUUGUUUUUUUUUUUUUCCUUCUUCUUCUUUGUUUUUUGGGCUUUGGGAAAGCAACCCCCGUGUAGUAGGUAAAAGGGACUCGAAGGAGCGAGGGUGCAGUUCAUAUCCUGAGUAAUUUAUUGAUGCAGACUGUCUGAAACCGUUGUCCCAAUGUCAAAGUUAAAACAGUGAAGUGUCUAACAUGGCAUUGAAGUGUCUAAUAAA